AUGAUGUUGGCUGUGGCCCCGCGCGUAUUGAUGACGGCCCGCAUGGCCGGUUUCCGUGCCCUGUCCACCUCGGCUGUGGCCCGCAAGGACAUUGUUCAGGAGACAUACCUCCGUGAGCUCAAGGCGUACAAGGCGCCCGAAAAGGCGCCUGACGCCCACAAGGGCCACGUGCGUGAGUUCAGCUCGCCUGCUCAGCCCCAGGCUCCCUCGUCGCCCUCGUCGUCGGAUAUCGCCUCGCAGCUCGAGGCAUACACGUCGUCGGAGCCUGAUGUGGUCGAGGCGAGCGUGCCCCAGGACGUGGCGUCGGAGCAGCAGGAUGUGAACGAGUACCUCAAGGAGCUCCAGGCCGAUAUCAAGGUCGAGGCGCACCAUUAA